AACUGGCCAAUGGUAGGUUCGGGAGGUUGUCCUUUUCCUGUUGACGUCAGUGGCUGUCUGAGCACAGUUGAGUUGCCAGGAACUGGGGAGUAAAGGAGGAAACCUGAGAGAUGAGAGAUUGCCACAAAACAACAGGAAUCAUAUUGGAUAUAUAUUCCAUCGCUUAGCUAUGGCUACACAAACAGAACAGUGAGAUCGGACGUUUUUUUUCUUUUCGGACAUGCUGGUAGACGGGUACAGCGAGAUACCAAUCUGGUCCUGAAUUCGCUCAUUGAAGUUUUGGCUGAAGAAGUUUAACGUUACAGCGGUACGGCUAGCCGUUAACGUUAUCAUCUGGCUGUCUUCUACCACUUGACACAGCCCUAAACAACAAAGACAGAGAACAUGGUCUCCUGGAUGAUUUCGAGAAGCGUCGUGCUGCUUUUUGGGACUCUGUAUCCUGCAUACUACUCUUACAAAGCUGUCAAGACAAAAAAUGUCAAGGAAUAUGUGCGAUGGAUGAUGUACUGGAUUGUGUUUGCCCUCUACACUGUGGUGGAGACCGUCACCGACCUGACACUGGCAUGGUUUCCUCUGUACUACGAGCUGAAGAUAGCCUUUGUGAUCUGGCUGCUGUCCCCCUACACCAGAGGAGCAAGUCUCAUUUACAGGAAGUGUCUGCACCCUCUGCUGUCCUCUAGAGAGAGGGAAAUAGAUGAGUAUAUUGUGCAUGCCAAAGAGAGGAGCUACGAGACCAUGGUCAACUUUGGCAAGCAGGGACUGAGCAUUGCAGCCACCGCCGCUGUCACUGCAGCUGUCAAGGGUCAGGGUGCCAUCACAGACAAGCUGCGUAGCCUGAGUAUGCACGACCUCACACAGAUAACCCAGCAAGAUGACGGCGCAGGGAACCAGCUCUACGAGUACAGCUCCCGCUCAGCCAACCCUGCCGUCAGGAGAUCUCAGAGCACUGACGCUGGCGAUAGAGCAGACUACUACUAUGACCAGGAGGAGAGGACUGAUGAAGAGGCGGAACCAACCUUCUCUGAAGACGAGGCAGUCACUCAGAAAGGACUGAGGCGAUCGCAGAGUGUCAAGAUCUCACGAUCCAGAGUCCGCAAAGAUGCGCGUUAUGGAUCCCUGAAGAUUAAAGGCAAGAAGAGACCAGCGCUGACCUCUGUUAACUAUGGAAUAUGAAAAGAAUGCUGCAGACACACGCACGCACGCACACACGCACACACACACACACACACACACACACAUUCAUGCACGCACACACACACGCACACAGCAGAGCAAUCUGCUGAUCGGUGGAUGGGAUUCCAGCUCUUUAGAGCCUGAACUCUUAUGUCUCUUUGAUGAUGAGCUUUCUUCUGGCAUAUUUAUUACUUCAUUCAUCCCAAACCAGUGACUCUUCGAGAAACUGCACUCUGAGAACUUUGACGUUUUUCUUUGGGUUGAUUUUUGCAUGAUCUUGUGUGUGUUUCAUCUGUUGUUUGUUAGAAUUGUAGUUUAGGUGUGAUGUUAUGCGUAGUCUUUUAGAUUUACUAGCUUCAGUCUUUUAGUUUCAUUUAGCCUCUUUCUAAUAAGGCAUUCUUUUUAAAAAAAGUUCAUAAACUGAAAUGAAUGGCUUAACUAAUAGUUAAAUCAUUCACUAAUGCUUUAUAUCAUGGUUCUAAGCCCUUAAUAAGAACAAGCUUGGGUUACUGGGGUGUGAAUCCUUUCAGCUUGUGUUUUUCCUCCAACACUUGGUUUGUCUUUUAGGCUCUUUAAUUUGUCCGGGAGACUCUCCCAAUAUCUGCACCAAAACAGGUUUAGCUGUAUUGUUUAACAGCUUGUAGACAUGUACAACUGUUGAGUAUUACUAAGUGAAAAUCCAUGGACCCUUAUUAAAGUGGCAUUCAUUUACAUUUUGGCCACUUGGUGCAGCACAACAAGCUAUGAACACAAAAUGAUCCCUCUUUUAUAAAGUUGUUGUGGCGAACAUGUUGCCAGACAGUUACUUAUACACACAGAAUAUUGGUCCAAUAUUCACUCUCCUUUUAGCUCACAUUACAUAUCAUCUGCUAAUGCAAACAACUAUGCAACUAGAAAUAACACAUUAUUGAUGAGAAAUGAAGGGC